AGUGGCCGGCGCUGGCCAAGCGAUGGCGCUGCUCACCCACCUGCUGGCGUGCGUCUUCGGGAUGGGCUCCUGGGCAGCCCUCAAUGGCCUGUGGGUGGAGCUGCCCCUGCUGGUGACCAAGCUGCCUGAGCAGUGGUACCUGCCCUCCUACAUCACCAUCAUCAUCCAGCUGGCCAACGUGGGGCCGCUGCUGGUCACCCUGCUGCACAGGUUCAAGCCCGGCCUGCUGAGCGAAGUGGCCAUCAUCUAUGGCAUGGUGAUCGUGGGAGCCCUGGCCUGCCUGCUCCUGGCCUUCCUGUGGGGUUUUACCUCCCCCGUCGCUGGGGAGCCGCACAGCACGGCCUUCUUUGGCCUCGCCUUCUGCCUGGCGCUGGUGGACUGCACCUCCUCAGUCACCUUCCUGCCCUUCAUGGCACGGCUGCAGCCCCGCUACGUCACCACCUUCUUCAUGGGGGAAGGGCUCAGCGGGUUCCUCCCAGCCCUCGUUGCCCUGGCCCAGGGCGCCGGCAUCACCAAGUGCAUCAACGUCACCCGGGUCGCCAACGUAACCAUGGGCAACAACACCUCCGAGGGAAGCCAGUUCCAAAUGGAGACCCAGUAUCUCCCAGCCAACUUCUCCACCCUGGUCUUCUUCCUCCUCCUGACCGCCAUGAUGGUCGCCUGCUUGGUAGCCUUCUUCUUCCUCACCAGGCUGCCCAAGGCGUGGGAGCUGUCAAGACAAAACUUGUGUCCUAGUAACAUCACCCUCUACUCACUUCAGGAAGCCCCUGGGGAUGGGCCCAGGCUAUCUGCAGGAGGAGACUCCCCAAGGGGAGGAAAGGCAGCUGGCUCCGACAAGGGAUCCCAUCGUACAGACCCAGAGGUUACCUACUCUCUGGCCAAGUUUGCCUUCAUCUACCUCCUUGUUGCCUGGGUGAACUCCCUAACCAACGGGAUCCUGCCAUCCGUGCAAGCCUAUUCCUGCUUGCCCUAUGGCAACAUGGCCUACCACCUCUCUGCAACCCUGAGCUCCAUGGCUAACCCGCUCGCCUGCACCAUUGCCAUGUUUCUGCCCAGCAGGUCUCUGACCCUGCUGGGGGCGCUCUCCGUGGCCGGGACAGGAUUUGGGGCCUAUAACAUGGCCAUGGCUGUCAUGAGCCCGUGCCCCCUCCUGCAGCACGCGGCUUGGGGGCAAGCUAUCAUUGUCAUCUCCUGGGUGUUCUUCAUGGGGAGCCUCAGUUACGUGAAGGUGAUGACCGGGGUGAUCCUGCGGAGCCAGAGCCACAGCGCCCUCGUGUGGUAUGGGGCAGUAGAGCAGCUGGGGUCUCUGACGGGGGCCCUCAUCAUGUUCCCCCUGGUGAACGUCUAUAGCUUCUUCAAAUCUGCUGACUAUUGCAGCCUGCAGUGUCCAGCGUGAGCCUGGGCCAGGGGAGGUGCUCUGGG